AUGCAGUUCUCCUACUCCUUCAUCGCCGCUGUUGUCCUCCUGGGCCCAGGUGUCCUGGCAGCCCCAGUCGCUCAUGGGACCCGCGGUCUUGCGAACGGCCAUGCCGCACCCUCUCCCAAGGUGAAAAACAGCCACCAAGGACUCAAGCAUGUCCGUAGGGAAGAAUAUGGGCUAGUCACGAGCAAGAACACUAGGGCGGCCGAGACUCACAAGGCCCCCAAAGUUCGCAAAAGCGGAGAGACGCCUGUCAACAAACGCAGCAGCCGAGGAAACAGCCACCUAGAGAAAGCGGCCGUUUCGAAGGCAAGCAAUGGUACUGAUGGUUCCAUUGCCACUGUCGACGGAGCAAGCACUACUGCAGACAACUAUGACGAAUAUGAAGGCGGAGAAUACGACGAUGACAGCGCGGACGUGGAGAUUGACGAGAUACUUGCUGAUAUUCUCAGUCCUGACUGCGAAUAUAGCUACGACAAUGACUGCAGAACCUUGUCCCCUAGCCAGAACAUCUACUACAAUAUCUACUAUCCUGAAUCCUUCUACGACUCCGACGAGUGA